AUGGAGAAAAGACAAAGACCUGUUGAUUUGUUCCGUCCUGCAACAGGUGAGACAAAUGGUGCUGCUCUCGGUCAAGGUUUCCCUUUCUCUGAUUCUUGCAGAUCCGAUGUCAAGACUGCUCUUAAACGUUUUGAAUACAAUCUUGCCCUUCAUAAUGGCCACCAUCUCAUUAAUGGCGAAUCAGAAAAGUCUGAGCAGGCAGAACCCCCUGGCCUAUCAAAGGCUGAUGUAAACAUUGAUGAAAAUGAUCCUUCGAUCUCUAAGGGUUGUGCCGGCGACUCAUCUUGUAUGCAUUGCGGCGCUAACGAAAUGACAUUGUGUUGGCAUCGUAUUUGGUCGAACUACCAAUUUCGCAUUGCAACCGGGGUAUGUUCCGUUUAUAGCUUCAUGCUUUCUUUGUUUUGUUUUUGUGGGUCAUCUUUUCAUUGCCUUUUAUCCUUAAGCCAAAAUUUAUAG